UCGCGCUCCCAGCAGCCCUCAGUGCAGCGGCAGCUAGGUAACGGACCGUUGGGGAGAACCGUCGAGAACAACGUUGGGCGUUAAAUCAUGCCUCGGGUUUAUAUCGGACGACUGAGUUAUCAUGUCCGCGAAAAAGACAUCCAGCGGUUUUUCAGCGGAUAUGGGAAGCUUAUGGAAAUCGACUUGAAGAACGGCUAUGGAUUCGUGGAGUUCGAGGACAACCGAGACGCCGACGAUGCCGUCUACGAGCUGAACGGGAAGGAGCUGUGCGGGGAGCGGGUGAUCGUCGAACAUGCCCGGGGACCGCGGCGAGACCGAGAUGGCUACGGUGGGGGUUACUGGGGUGGUGGGCGCAGUAGCGGUUACAGCAGCCGGAGCCGCUCUGGCAGGGAUAAAUAUGGACCUCCGGUCCGUACAGAGUACCGCCUCAUCGUGGAAAACUUAUCCAGCCGCUGCAGUUGGCAGGACCUCAAGGACUUCAUGCGUCAGGCCGGAGAGGUGACAUAUGCAGAUGCCCACAAGGAACGCACAAAUGAGGGAGUGAUCGAGUUCCGGUCCCACUCGGACAUGAAGAGGGCUCUGGACAAGCUGGACGGCACAGACAUCAACGGGCGGAAGAUUCGUCUGGUGGAGGACCGACCUCGCAGACGAAGGUCUGACUCUGGCAGCCGCUCCAGAUCUCGUAGUCGCCGUCGCUCCCGCAGCAGGAGCCGCAGAAGCCGGAGGAGCAGGAGCUCCAGGAGUCGCUCCAGAUCCCACUCCAGGUCUCGUUCCCGUAGCAACAAGAGACGUCAUCAGUCCCGCUCCAGAUCUGGAAGGAAGUCUCGCUCUAAGUCAGGAGAAAGCAAAUCCCGUUCUCGCAACCGCAGGUCUCGUUCGCGAUCCCACAAGUCCAAGUCGCGUUCACGCUCCCGCAAAUCUGGCUCUCGUUCAGCCGACCGGAAAUCUAAAUCCAAGUCCCGCUCCAAGAGCCGCUCAAAGGUGAAGUCGGAGCGAGAUUCUCGCAGUCGAUCCAAGGAGAUGUGUGGUGACAAGAAGUCUCGCAGUCGUUCAGCGUCCCCAAUGGAGAACGGGAAGGAGGAGCGUGCCGCCAAAUCAGCCUCCCGCUCCCCAUCCCCACAGGAAGAUGACCGCCGAUCCAAGUCGAGGGAGAAACGUUCAGCCUCUCGCUCACGGUCUCGCUCACGGUCUAGAUCAGCUUCUCAGGAUUAGUGGAAUCAUAAACGAGAGGUGUUUCUCUCAUUGUUGAGCUUGAUCCCUAUGCUGUACAUAUUGAGCAGUGUCGUCAUACUGGCUUAUGCUUCCUGACUUGUCUACUUUUCUCCUUCGAGUGUGCACUUGUCUUAAACAUGAGUAGACGCAGUUUUAUUAAGAGGAUGCACCACAGUGACGGAGAUACUUUUUCAGGAUCAAUUGUCACCCUCUCAAACCACCAGUCGUCUCCCGAAUUAUUUUGAAAAUCUUUAGAGCUGCAACCUACGGUGGUUAGUCACUAUCUCAAAAAUGUAAUCUUAAUUGGUAAACUGUUUCUCACACCAGACUGUUAAUUCAAAGCUGUGUGUAGCUUAGCGAAAAUUAAGUUCUUUAUUUUACUUGCAGCAUCUCAGUUUGCAACAGAUCUUGUCUGAUUUGUUUCAUACUCAUCCAAACUGCAUGGUUGUGGGAGAAAAGUAGCAUUUGGUUACAGCAUUGAAGCGGCUUCACUUUUUGAGCUGAAGUCUCACUAAUUGCUUUCUCAAGGAAUCGAGUCAGUCUCUGUUGUCUUGCAGCACUCUGAAAUGCACAACCGGGAUGCAGAACUGCAUAUUUACAAGAAAAUGAUAUGGGUUUGUAUUUCACGUCUGAACAACUUGCAUUGUAGGUGGACAUUUAAUGAUCCCUUUUUAACCUCUUGUACAUAAACCAUGUGAUCAGCAUCAGAUGGAUUUAUACGUUUUUGUUGCCACCAGUGGGGUUUUUGUUGUCUUUUGUAACCUUGAGCAGGUGAUCUGUGGAAGGCCCUUUUUACUUUGUGGGUUUCAGUUUGACUAGAGUGUCAUGGCCUCAAAUGCAGUGUCCCGUUUGUCUCGCAUUUCCUGCUUUUUCUAAUAGUCAUUUUCAUUUUUUUUGUUUUGUUUUCUGAGUUUAAUCCAGGGGUUAAGGGUUUUGUUAAGCCUCUGCUUAUUUAAAGUGUGCAGCUAGUACUGGAGUUUUUGUACCCAACGGGUACAUCCAUUCAAAUCUCUUGAGAUGUCGACUUGUGGGUUUAUAAGACACGAACAUCAUCAGACUUGCUGAAUGCACCCCCUCUCCAUCUUUUGGAACAGAUUCAUAUUUUUCCUCCAUGCGAAUGAGAUCUAACAGAAAAAUGUCCUUUUUUAUUGUAUGUUCAAUUAAAGAUCUUAAUUAAAAAUC